AUGGACUCGACCACGGAUCCCAAUCCGCCGCCGCCGUCGGAUCCGGGUGUAGGCCAUUUCCAUGGCGAGUUUUGGGGUGGGAUGAGCACUCUAUACGGGACUGGCCCGACAAACGACCAGCCGUUCGGCAUAGGGUGGGAUCAUCCUGUGUUCCGCCCAAGCCCACAUUCACCUUCUCCUCAGACAAACCAGAACAUCUAUUCGCUCCCCCAGCAGUCGCAAUCUCAACAGCAGCACCAGCAGCCGCCGCCGCAACAACACCAACAACAACACCAACAGCAACAACCUCAAGCACAGCAGCAGCCGCAACAGGUGCAGUCAUGGCAGCAAACAUCAAUACAACACCAGCCUGUAGCUCUUGACUCGCAGCAACAGUUCUCUAUGCCUAGCCCAUAUCGGGUGUCGCCGUACCAUACACAACAAACUCCUACUUUCGAUGCCGCGCAGGCAGCCUCCUCAUAUCACCCUUACACAUACGACCCGCAGACCUUCUAUGCAACCCAAUCGCAAGUCCAGCAACAGAGUGCGUAUGAUCAACACCCUGCCAGCGUACCGGCACAGCGAGUGGCUCAAGCUUCUCCUAUUGCGACGAACACCCUUGAUCGACAACAGCAGUCCUCCUAUUUAGUACCAAGCACUCUACAGCUGGGACUCCAGCAUGGGGGACCAGCAAGUUUCCCGGGCGACUUCACCACUCGACAUUCUCAUUCACCAUAUCACAAUACCAUUGAUCCUCACUUCCUUUCGACACCCGACCAACAACCGCAAUCCCAACAACAACAACCGCAGCAGCUUUAUGCUAUCAAUCCUGCAGAGCUAGAACGGCCGACAAGCCUCAAAACGAGUGAAUUACAAAUAGCAAAUGGGCUUCAAACUGUGGUUCCUCAGACUUCGACAGGACCCGUUGGCCUUGCUCCCGUUGUCUAUUCCAAUGGUCUCCAAACCAUUCUUCCGAAAGCCCCCACUGCCGCCAAACCUCGGAAAAAGAAAGGAGUAGAGCAAAAAACACAAACACUCUUAAACAAAUUCAUCACUAAACCAGCCGUGCAGCAACCACUUAAUCAAACUCAGAGCGAAUCGUCAAGCGAUUACAGCAGUGACGAAUCAGACGACGACCUCGAGGUAGAAGAACCACCAGCUGAGCCUUCCCCCAUCCCCGCGGUACGACCAGAUGAUGUUGAAGGUAGGACUGGGUAUGACACUAUUAAAGUGGUUUGGGCUCCACGCAAUCGACACGCAAAAGCGGCCGAUGUAAGGAAUGCCAUGAUCCAGUUUUCGGACCUUGUUAAGGGGGUGCGAGAUACCUGGAAAGCUCGUAGCGAGGCCCUCAAAGCUGCGGAAAAUCAGAACCUUGAAGGAAAAAUCCCGUCUCUCAAAAAGGAGGUGGUUCUUCAGAGGCGACUGCUAGACUUGAUCAUUAACAAUACCCUGGAGUUUGGUCACCCAUCAUAUGUUAGAAGCCAUGUUAAGAGGCACCUGGGAGAUUCCUGCACCAUAUAUGCCUUGUUUCAUCAAGAGCUAGAAGCAAUGGUUACCUUCUCAAAUAAAUGGGAGGGAAUCUCAUUUGCUGCAUACGGCAAUUGCCUACAUGGCAAUUUGCUCAAACUGCCCUAG